AUGGCUCCAAGCAAGGUGACGUACGAAGAACUCAGAAAGAAGGAGAAAACUGCUAUCACAGACCAAUUCUUUACUACAAAUUGUAUUCGUUGCAACGAUCCUUCACACUCUUGUCUCAUUUGUCCGAAUGCCGCUAGUAAUUAUGCCACUGGACCUUAUGGGUGGCUCGGAGAUGGGAAGAAGAUGGGAGCAGAUAAGCACAUCAACGACCUCAAGGCAACAUACCAGCGAAACCCGGCCGACAAGAUUUUUUCACAAGCUUUGAAGAACAGACGUGCGCAGCUGGCGGCGUUGAUUGGAAGUUCAGCCUCAAAUUCAACUCCAGCCCCAGCUUCCAGUGUCGGACUCGAUUCACCUCAAGUGUCAAUGACGGAUGAGACCACGAUGCCGACCUCCACGGAUACUUCGGCAUUCACUAAGACACCAGCUCGAUCCAAAGACUCACUUCAGAUCGAUGCCUUUGACAACGCUGGUGAGGCCACAGAUACCCAAGACGAGCAGUAUGAGCAGGAAGGAAACUACCCAGACUUGCGUCGCACAGUCGUAGAUAGUCAUCAGCCAACUUCUGUACCGCCGCCUUCUUCUCAAGAUCUUGCGAGGCCCCCUAACAUUGCUCAGCCAAGUACUCUUCAACAUUUGGACCAUAAUCAGCUGGACUUUCCCAAGCGAGAACAUGUGUUUCCAAAUGAACACUCCCAUGUAUUCACCAAUCACUUUGAGGUCCAAAUUUCAAAGGAUCUCAUACUUCACAGAUACACGAUCCUGUCGAACUUCUCCGCGCUGAGCAAAGGAAAAGUCAAAGACAUUGUGAAGACAGCAAUUCAAGAAUCCGAAUAUCUCUUCAACUAUCAAGCGAGCUUUGCGACCGAUUACUUUGAUACCAUCAUUGCUUGGACUGAUCUGCACAGUCGGAUACCACUCGAGCGUACAGAACUGCAGACUAACAAUAUAGCGCCUGGCACGGAAUGGAAAUUAAUUUCUCUACAAGAUGGAGCAACACCCAGACACCUGCGGCUUCGAUACGAGGGUACUGUGAAUAUUCCAAGCAUCAUUGAGUAUCCAAAUGCCAUCGACACUUGUGCGAGGGAUAUUCAGGACCCUACAAGGGCGGCAUUAAACAUUCUCAUCUCUAAAUGUUUCGAAGAAUCUACAACGAACACUUUCAAGGUUGGCGCGAACAAGUACUACUUGAAGAAUUCUUAUCGGCCCCUCGUGGGUACACCACCUCAAAUUUGUCGUUCUCUUGAGACUUCCCGCGGUUUCGAUUACCAGAUGAAACCCGGUGUUGGCAAGAUACUUUUGAAUCUCCAAACCCGCACGAGUGCUUCUUACCGACCCGUGCUACUUAGCCAGUUAAUGAUAGAUCGCCAGACAUUCUCGGGAAUUCGCUCUGAAUUGCGAGCCAUUCUUGCAGGUCUGUGGGUUCGCAUCGAAUACAAAAGAGGCGACCCCAACGACACUGAAACUUAUACACGAUUGAACAGUGAGGAGGCUCGUGUGAAGAAAAUAUGCGACCUUGGUGAUCCAUUGCGUGCUCAGAACUUUUCGCUGAACGGGACCAAUGUCAAUGUUCGGGAUUACAUCCACAAUUCUCGGAACGUCACUUUGCAGCAUCCUGAAUUAUGGGCAGUGAACCUGGGAUCAAGGCAAGAUCCAAAAUGGUAUGCACCUGAAGAACUGCAAAUCAUGCCCUAUCAGCUACACAAAGACCUACUGCGCCCCAUCUGGACUGCAGCUAUGAUCAAUACCGCAUGUAUUAAGCCUUACGAGAACGCUGCCCUCAUUGAGGUUUCAGGCAUGGAGGCGCUUGGAUUUGCUCCGAACGCGGUUGGAAUGAGUGCCCUUGUAUCAGCACGUUGGAACACCAAGGGUAAACAGUUCCUUCGUCGCAAUUGGAAAGAUAUCGGGGUGCAAUUGUUGAUGGACCAAGGGGUAGCAGACCCAACUCUUGCGAGACGUUGUUUCGAGCAGUUCAGAGACUUUGCUGGCCGGCCCACUGGAGACCAUAAAAACUACAGCGUUGCAAAGAUGAUACAAAUUGGCCCUGCUGUCACUCUAGACCCGACGAACCGCGAAGCAAUGACCGCAGUAAUGGCUGCAGCGCAACGCAACACCGAUCUCUUCCUAAUGGUACUGGCGAAUCGAGAUCAGGAUGCGUAUGCCAACUUCAAAGAUCUUGCAGAUCGAAAAUUCGGAAAACACUCCUUAUGUGUCACAGAGGCAAAGUUUCGCAGUAAAUUGGGAGAGAAGAUGGGCAACUUGAUGCUGAAAGCGAACUUGAAGACAGGCGGCAUCAAUCACACCAUCCACGGCGGACAGAUCCAGCGCAUGUUUGGCGACACUCUAGUCUUGGGUGCUGACGUUACACACCCUGGACCCACAGCGAUUGUAGGAUGCCCAUCCAUCGCUGCAAUCGUCGGGUCAGUGGAUGAACUGGCAGGUCGAUUUCUGGGAUCAAUGCGCUUGCAGAGUCAAGGCAAGAAAGAGAUGAUCGACGAAGUAGAAAGCAUGGUGACAGAGCGGAUCAUAGACUGGUGCGGAGAACAACAAGCUGCAAAGCGGCAGCCUGGGCAAUGCCUUCUACCGAUGAACAUCAUCUACUACCGCGAUGGUGUGAGCGAUGAUCAAUUUAAGCAGGUGAAAGAGGAGGAACUGCCUUAUAUUCGGCAAGCUUUCUUGGCUGCGGUCGAACAGCUCAAGCUCGACAGGAAGAUCCCUGCCGACUCAAACCCGCCUUUGCCGAAAAUCACGGCAAUUAUUUGUGUCAAACGUCACAGCGUCCGCUUCUACCCAGACGAUAAAGCCGGAGGGGCGGACAAAACCGGAAACUGUCAUCCCGGAACACUGGUGGAUGAUGUGGUGACUUCACCGUUCUACAUGGACUUCUAUCUACAGUCUCAUGCUGCUAUCCAGGGGACUGCAAAACCGGCUCAUUACUUCGUCAUUGAAAAUGAGAUGAAAUUGAGUGAGCUGCGGAUUCGACAAUUAACCCAUGAGCUGUGCUACACUUACGUCCGUUCAACAAGUGGAGUCUCAUACGCAUCGCCCGCCUACUACGCUGAUAGGCUCUGCGAACGUGGCCGUUGCUACCUCCGUGACUUUUUCGUGCGUACGACUGCCGGUCGACCUCGCCGCAACGAUAUCGAGAGGAAGCAAAAUCAGCAACAAGAUGCCCUCCGUCACAAAAGAGUCAAACGAUACGGACCUGAGCGCGAUCCCAAUACUGGCAGAAAGCGUAGGGUGACUGGGAGCGAGCAGGAGCAGAUACAGACAGAUAGAAACAGUCUCAGGGACUUUUGCAAUGGUUGGACGAUGAACGAGGCUGAGCUGGCGUUAUAUGGUGUUGCGGACAGCAAGCCUAAUGGUGAUCUGAUACCGAACUCUCCACGCAAUCCUUGGGGUAAUCAACCGUUGGGGAGGACAAUGUUCUGGAUGUAG